AUGGCAUGUCAUACUUACAUCAAUGUGUUCCCAGUUUGUGUCCUUCUGAGUACGCUCAUUACUCUCCGAUCGGCACUGGGAGCUCCGUCACCGCCACAGGAACAAGAUAUCCGCGCUCGUCAAGAAUCGGGUGAAGAAGGUGUACAAUUGAUGAAAACACAGGGACCUUCAUAUAAGGAUAUCAAACAAUAUGAUACAAUUGGAGACUUUACGGGAAUUAAAAAUUCCCUAGCUGCUCUUGCUCUUCAUCCACCACCUAAGUGGGUUGAUGAUCAUAUCGUCGAUUUGACCAAUGGUGUCGGACAGAAGGGAAUGAAGACUACUAAUGGGAGUUUCCUCUUACAUAACAUUACUUCACAGACAGAAACAGAAGAAGGAGGUAGGAAAUCUUUCCUGUAUGAUAUAGUUGAUGUGAAGAGUAAAUAUUCUGUUGAACAAGUCCAAGAUAAUUGGUGGUGGCAAGGUUUAGAAUUAGCUUUAUUGGAGAAUAUGCCUUCACAACUGAGCUCGGACUUCAUCGACAGAACUUCUCCAUCAGUCGUUUUGAACAUGUUAACGGGUUUACAGACCGAGUCCAUCAAUGUCAAAGAUAUUUCAGAUGAUGAAUAUAUGAAAAUUCUCAAUGAUAAUAAAGAUAAAGUAAUCGUGGUUGAAACUACCGAUCUUGCAUAUACUUAUUAUAGAAUAAUCCUUGAUGUGAAAUCGGAUACAGAGAUAACAAGUACUGAGCUGUAUGGCGAAAAAUGGGCCGUACCGUAUACGUGUACAUCGAAGGAUCUGAGACAGAAGUAUGGAGGUAUAACACUUCUCAAGUAUUAA